CAGCCCCCUGCCUGAGGCUACGCUAAUUGGAUGGCCAGACCGGCAGCCGGAGAGCGGCUACACGCUUCCGUCUUCUCCCCGCCUGGCAGACCCUGGUUAGUUCGCUCGGUAGGCUUCACGCACGGUGCAGUGUCUCUGACCUGCUGAAGGCUGACCUUUCAGCAGCAGUCUAGACUGACCUUGAACUCUCCAGCCUGAAUACUGGGAUUACAAUCCAGUCCCAGCAGAUCCAGCAAUUCAAUUAUUAAAGGUUGAGAAGGAGGCACCAUGGCGAUGUCCCCACCGCGACAGGUCACUCACCUCAUCUUUGACAUGGACGGACUCCUUCUGGACACAGAGAGGCUGUACUCGGUGGUGUUUCAGGAGCUGUGUGGUCGCUACAAGAAGACAUACAGCUGGGAGGUCAAGUCCCUGGUGAUGGGGAAGAAGGCUCCAGAAGCUGCGCAGAUCAUCAUCGACGUCCUGCAGCUGCCCAUGUCCAAGGAGGAGCUGGUGGAGGAGAGCCAGGCAAAGCUGGCAGACCUUUUCCCCACAGCUGCCCUCAUGCCAGGUGCUGAGAAACUGAUCCGGCACCUCCGAAAGCACAGCAUCCCCUUCGCCCUGGCCACCAGCUCAGGCUCCGUGACCUUCAAAAUGAAGACCAGCAGGCACAAGGAGUUCUUUGGGAUGUUCAACCACAUUGUGCUAGGAGAUGAUCCUGAGGUCAACAGUGGGAAGCCAUCCCCGGACAUAUUCCUCUCCUGUGCACGGAGGUUCAGUCCUGCUCCUGCCCCAGACAUGUGCCUCGUCUUUGAAGAUGCUCCCAAUGGAGUGGAGGCAGCUCUGGCAGCUGGGAUGCAGGUUGUCAUGGUUCCCGAUGAAAACCUGAGUCGAGACUUAACAAGAAAGGCCACAGUGGUGCUGAGUUCCCUGGAGGACUUCCAGCCUGAGCUGUUUGGUCUGCCUGCCUAUGAGUGACAGGUGGCAGCGUUGGUGCUGCCAUGGGCCUUGUGGCAUCCUGGGAGGGGGGGCACAUGGCAUACUGGGGGAGCCACAUGGCACCCUUGAGGGGCCACAUAGCUCCCUGGGGGACACAUGGCAUCCUGGGGGGCCAUAUUCAGGGUCCAUGCCAUUAAGGAGAAAGGGGAAGGCAAUGCAUAGCACCAGACUGAGCCUGCUUAUACACUGUAGCCUGUGAACAUGGCCAUCCCCGUCUGUGUGGGUUUGGCCAUCUCUCUCUGGAUUGUGGUCGGGUCAGUAGACAGCAAACAGAGAUGGCCCAGAACACAGCUUGAGUACAGUCAUGUAAUAAAGUGAUGUGGUCUAUGAAGAAAAUGAACAUGCACACACACACACACACACACACACACACACACACACACAAACCACAGCAUUGUGUGACUACACAUGUGCCAAUAUAUAUCCAUACAUAUAUAUAAGUAUAUAUGUAUAUGUAUAGUGUUCCAGAGUAAAAUCAUAUUUAUGUUUGUUUCCUUGUAAUCUUUGUGAAUAAUGGCAUUUGGGAAGUGUAAACUCCAUACACAUAUAUGUAUAUGCCAUGAUAGAUGUACAUAUGUAUGUGUAGAUUUUGUGUGUGUGUGUGUAUAAUAGACCACUCCAUUGCCUUCAGGGUGGACAUUGAUGUUUCAAUACCAACUGAUAAGUGAGUCUCCUCUCUCCCCUUCUGACCUUAAUGGCAGAUUAUCUCAUGAUGGAAGAGCAUCAAGAAAUACCCUUUCACUCCAGCCUCACUAUCAUCGCAGACACCUCCCUGGCCCUGGACCGAGAAGUCUAAACGUCUUCCAUUUCACAAGCUGGGUCUAAGUUUCCAUUUUUUAAACAAAGGGCUAUGAAUCAAAAGGCCCCUGACAGCAGGGACGAGGGAGAGAGCACAAACAAGGUCUGGGUCAGCCUCUCAGUGUCUCAAGGACAGUUCCUGCAACCCCCUUGAAACUUACCCAAGUAUGUCCAAAGAGAAAACCUCAGCCAGUUAAAAGUAUACUACUGUAACUGCUGCUUGCUUAACCAAUUAUGUUUGAGAUGACCUAAGCAUCUCUGAAAUUCCCCUAGCUAUGCUUAAAGGACCCUGGAUGUGCCUCUUGUGGUCAUCACCAUUUUGUACAGAUGAAUGACCCCAUGUAUGCUAGUAUAGUAAUAAACACUCUGUUCUUGCAUACUA